AUGCUUCCAGACGAGGCAUUAGAGGAAUUGAGGAAGCCAGAUGCCAUUUUAGAAAAUCCCGUUAAAAUCGCUAAAGCUAUUGAGGUUCUCUCAACUUCAAGAGAUGGUGAUGCUGAAGAUUCUUCUGAUCCAUUAACCGCAGUUACAGUUUUAACAACAAGUUAUCAGGGUGCGAUUGAGCUUCUUUUCGAAAUCGGUACGUGGCUGACAUAUAUAGACGAUAACCCUCAACAAACCCGCGAUAUCAUUGAGUCUGUUGUAAUGGAAACUAUUCUGCAGAACUACGAUCGCAUGAAGACUCUUAAAUUCUUUGAUAGUGGAAAUGUCUAUGAGGCGGUAAAGUGGCAGAGCUUGUUGAUUCAGUCUGCGCGUUGGCGUCAAACAAUUUAUGAGUUAGCACAACAACCUAGAAAUGAGGAUUGUGUUUUCCUUUCAUUGGCGAUGCCUCUAAUUGCGGAUAAUUUUAUUGACGAACUUGUUUCAGUGCCGAUGGCUUGGGGCACUCUGGAGAUCUAUCUUAGCUGCGUUAAUUUCACCCUUCGUCCUUUAUUGGAUAAUUUUCCGCAAAUCAUGGACGACGACCUCUUUUUUCUGAGUAUGGCUUUCAUGAAAGUUCCAUCGACCAAUUCGUCCUCGUCUCAACAGCAAAGUCAACCGUCGACACAACAUGGGUUUCGGGAAACGGCUCUAGGCCGCUACAUUGCUGAAAUGCAAGCUGAUCCAGAGAGGAAAAAGGUCUAUGAGCAUUUGAACCACUUCUUGGAUAUGGGCUGUCAUAGUGAGGCGACCUACUUGAUGCUUCAAUCAGUGCUACAGUGCCUCAUUCGCCGACGUAACGAUAAUGCCGCCCGUCAUCUUUCACUGCUCUUGGAAACUGAGGCAUGCCGACGUGGAUGCGAUGUCAGCCGCUAUAGUGUCUACUGCUGCUAUGCUAAAAAUUAUCCCACGGAGGUUAUGGUCAUGCGCAAUAUUCUCGCUGAGCAAACACUCACUAACCCGGAGCUAGAAAUCGUAUACACAGCGUAUAUGGGUGAUGUUCCUCCACCAGUUAGUCUCAUUCGUCAGCCUCUUUUCAUCGUGAUGCUAGCAGAUGCACUAUUCGCUAAUCCCGAGCGUUUGCUAAAUGACCAUCUUGAGUGCUAUGCUUACCUCUAUGCCUAUUCGUCGGUCACUGUUGAAGAAAUAGACCUUUCUACAGAGAGACGUCUUGAACUUGAUCGUUCAGAUGUUGCCAAAGUUAGCAGUGAUAUCAUGGAAGCCAGUCGUAUCUGCAAACAUGCAAGUUGGAACAUGACUACAGGUAGUGCGGUUAGUCUCCGGGCUUUCCGUGAUCUCCCAACUCUCCUCCAGCUUCUUCGCCACCGUUCAAUCGCCUUUGGUGCCUUCCGAUUCCUUUGGGCCAUUUUUCGGUCAAAGCGGGUGGAAUUUGAGCUCAAUCUUGAGACUAUGAAACCAUAUUGUAUUGUGGUGAAUGAAUUGGCAUCACUGAAUCCCUAUCUUCGUCCAGCUAUUCUUUUCUUCGUCUCGGAACUUUUGGGCUCGCAGAUGGAGGGGAUGGAGGACCUCAGUCAGCUAGAAUACAAGAAAAUGUUAGUGGGUUUACUAGUGCAUUUGAUAACUUGUGGUUACGUCUUACCGACAAUAAGGAAAAUGCAUUUGCUCUUUGAACGAAAUCGCGUUGAUGUUUCAAUUGUUCGGCAUUUUGUUACGGAACUUCUAAGCAUUGCGUCACCACCAUAUCAUCCGGAGUUUAUGAAAGCCAUCCAUCCCUUGGUGUCGCAUCCUGAUAUCACAGAUGGUCUGCAGACUCAAUUUCACACUGAACUCGUGAAAGAUUUCAUGGCUCACUUUGAAAAUGAGAUUGGGUCUUAUGAAAUGAGUUGA